UUACUAUACGCACAGUGGAUUCCCUUAUUUGACCACUAGAGGGCAACAAGGGCCCGUACCAUAAGCCGUCAUCGCUGCCUCACGCAGCCGGCUGUCUCUGAUUAGGGAUGUCUCGGAGCCCGUGUGUGUCUGCGGGUCUGGAGCUACAGAAAUGUGGGUCUGUAGGACUAUGUCAGCUGGGAGGGCCAACUGGCUGUAGAUCAGCCCUAAUUUGUAAGCUGUCAGCACACCAGUCUGCAUUGGGGGAAUGGGCUCAGGCCCGGAGCCAAAACGAGCCAGUUAAAGUAAGCGAGUGGAGUCCGCCACUCAGGGAGACUUUCCCGGGGAGCCAGCCAGCCAGCCAGCCAGCCAGCCAGCCAGCCAGCCAGCCAGCCAUCCAGGCAGCGGGGAAACUGUUGGAAAAUUGGUUCCAGACUGAAGUUUUGCUUUUCCAGACAGUUUUUCUGGUCUGCGGCCAUUGUGUUGUUACUUUAUUAUCUCAACAUUGCGGUGAACGGAUCCGGUUAAUAGCGAACAGCACAUGUUGUUAAUAUUUAACCGUCAUUUAUAUGUAAAUAAUUAUCAAUAGAAUAAAUAACUGUCAAUCUAUGGCCUUUGCUUUCCAGUGAACAAGGAGCGGUUAUUUCAUUAGCAUAUUGUCUUGGAGCGGUGCGUCCGUUCACCGCAAAUUAAAACCCAGCGUAUGAAUCAGACCAUCGCCUACGUGAUGCAUAUUUAAUAGAUAGCCUAUAGAUACAGAAAUGCUUGCAUAAAAUGAAAUAUCUAAAGGCUACAUACAUAUUUAGUUUGCUGGUACACUAGUAUGAACACUCAACAUCUUAUUAAAUUGUUCCAUGGUGUGAAUAAUCCGCUGUGAACGAGAAAAAGUAGGAAGACAAGAGUCUGGAUCUGACUCUUGUAAGUCAGCUUAAUGGGCCCUUACAGGUCUCACCUGCAGUGUGUGUGUGUGUGUGUGUGUGUGUGUGUGUGUGUGUGUGUGUGUGUGUGUGUGUGUGUGUGUGUGUGUGUGUGUGUGUGUGUGUGUGUGUGUGUGUGUGUGUGUGUGUGUGUGUGUGUGCGUGCGUGCGUGCGAGGUAACGGUAUUAAACACUGUUUAUGUCGAGUCCUGCUGAAUGCCCGGUGGCAGCUCAUGCUUAUUCACUAGUCCACCGCUAAUGUUCCUUUCACUCAUCAUUUGGGUUAUUAUCAUAUUGCAUAUGUAUGUAUCAAGUAUUAUCUGUAUUUAUCAAGUAUUUAUUGUUUAUUUAUCAUGCAUUUACAUGUGUUUUCAUGUAUUUACAGUGUAUUAAUCAUGUAUUUAUCAGGUAGUUACCAUGUAUUCAUCAUAUAUUGUCUGUGUAUUGACCAUGUAUUUACUAUGUAUUUACCAUCUAUUUACCAUGUUUUGUCUGUGUAUUUACUGCGUAUUCAUCAUGUAUUGUCUGUGUAUUUACUAUGCAUUCAUGUAUUUACCAUGUAUUUACCCUGUAUUUACCAUGUAUUUACCCUGUAUUUACCCUGUAUUUACCCUGUAUUUACCCUGUAUUUACCCUGUAUUUACCCUGUAUUUAUGUUUUCUGUCGUUCUCCAGGGGCCCUCCCCUUCCUCCAGGCGGUGCCUGAGGGCCACCUGGUGUCCGGGCCCCCGGGGGCCCCCGGCCCUGCAGGGCCGACGGGGCCGACGGGGCCGACGGGGCCCCCAGGGGUCCGGGGUCUACCCGGGAGAGACGGGGAGAGCGGUCUCCAUGGGAACGCGGGGAACGCCGGCCCUAAGGGAGACGCUGGAGAACGGGGCCCUGCAGGAUUAAGCGGAGAGGCCGGCUUUUUGGGGGCCCCGGGGCCAAAGGGGGAGCCUGGCGAGGGUCUGUCAGAGGGAGACGGGGUGCAGCAGCUCAGGGAGGCGCUGAAGAUCCUGGCUGAGAGAGUCCUCAUCCUGGAGCACAUGAUCGGGAUCCACGAGACCACGGAGGGCUCGGGUCUGGGUGGCCCGACGGACCCCCAGACCUCCUCGCCGAUGAAGAGCAAGCGCCUGCAGCUGUCCCUCGCCCAGAGCCACCCUCUGCUCGCGCUGAGCCUGAGGGAGAGGAGGCAACCUUUGACCUCCGGCUGAGGCUGUGCUUGUGUGUGUGUGUGUGUGUGCGUGUGUGCGUGUGUGCCUGUGUGUGUGUGUGUGUGUGUGGUUCACGUACACGUGCAGGAUAAGGAAAUGUGUGAAUAUGCUUGAUUGUUUUUUUACUACGUUUUUGUUAUUCAAUGUUUCUUUCAAGGUAUUAUAUAAUUAUAUAUAUUAUAUAAAGUAUUAUAAGCAUCUCUAUGA